CGUGUUGCGAGACCUGCUUCCUGCGCGCGCGCGCGCGGUUUGUCGGGCAGGAGCUCCAGACCGGCGGAGAGGAGAGGCUCCAUGGCGCCCCGCCCCUCUCGGACACGUUGCCCGGGGAGAGGCUGCACGGGCUGGAUGGGACUCCUGCCCGCCCGCCUUCCUUCCUGCGUCUGCUGGUUUCAUGGUUUAUGGUUUCAGCCCUUCGUCAUCAGCCAGCUCGGUCCGCCAGACACACACGCCGCGCGCGCACGCACACGCGGCUGCUGCUCGUCCUCAACUCAUCGAGCCGGACGGGAAACGCACGGUUCACUUCUGGUCUGUGAUGCUCUCUGCUGGCUGAGAGAGUUUAACUCCACAAUGUCGACCUCAGACUCCGAUUACUCCAUUGACUGGCUCGCCAGCGACGAGGACGACUUUGACAGCCCAAAGAGAUUAAGUCCUCAGCUCACGGAGGAGCCGCCGGUAUCACCAUCAUCAUCAUCCUCUUCCUCUUUAAGGGAAUCUCCUUCAAGCUGCUUCCACCGUGAAGCGACCCGGAGGAGGAGCAGGAGCGACUGCUGUGACUGUAAAGAUGGAGGCCGCUGUGGGGUCGAUGCUGGCUCCGCAGCCGCCCUGCAGGCCCCGGCAGUCAGUCCAGUUUGGGGAUUUACCUGUGUUUAUACGCAGCAGACGCUUUCUGUGGAGUCCGAGCAUCAGUCGAGCAGGAAGAGAGCACACUGCGCUGCUUCGGACGGACUCUGUGAAAAGCCUCGAGCACACACUGAAAACGAACUGUUCUCGCAGAAGUGCAUGGAGCUGCAGUGCUACAUCCAGCCUCUGUCGUCCAUCCUGCGGGGCCUGAGAUCAGGCAGGUACUCUGAGCGUCUCAGCAGUUUCCAGGAGAGCGUCGCAAUGGACCGCAUCCAGAGAAUAAUGGGGGUCCUUCAGAAUCCAAACAUGGGGGGACGCUUCCUCAGCAUCCUACUGAAAAUAGAGGAAAUGCUCCAGAGCUGGUUCCCUCGGAUCAAACCAGGUCUGACCUGCACAGACGACGGCACUCCGGCUAAGAAGCUAAAGCAGCAUCUCGACAGCGCCUCCCCUCCUCCAUCCUCUCUGGAGCCGCCUCUCGCAUCCUGUCACUCCUCCACCCGCCUCAAAUGGCUUCACACGUCGCCCAUCUGCUCCCUGAAGAUGCCCGAAUCGACGCUCGGCCAGCCCUCCGCCUCCCCUCUGCCCGCAUGCUGCGGCCAGGAAGUGACCCAGGACAACACUGUCUCCUCCAGCACCGACCGACCAAAGGGACCCCUGCGCCGCCUCGGAGCUGACCCUCGUCUCAGCCGGGGGCCGCUGCCCUUCAAGAUCAGCUCGCCGUGUCUGGUGAGACUCCUGCAGGCGAAAGAGAGCAUCAUCGCUCCCAGGACUGUGGGAGAUGGAGGCUGGUUGUCGUAGCCGCCGGCGGAGAAGUUUAGGGAGGACGCUUCACGAUCAGGUCCGAGUGGGACAGGAUCUCAUCAUUCAGGCCCCACGUGGCUUCCACAGAGCCUGAAGAUACUAAAAGGCCUUAAAAAAAAAAAAAAAAAAAAAAAGCAUGUUUCAAAGUCUUCUACAUCUUUCUUUUUAAAUCUACAGCUGACGUGCAGUUCACUCAGAUUCCAGGUUUUCAAGGACGAGCGGAAAAAUAAAAGACGGGGGCCUUGGAUAAAACGACUGCACAGAUCUGACGGUUGUUUUGAUGACAGCUGACUUUUAGGACGCUGUACAGGCGGAUUAACUGUGCGAGCAAACGGCCCUUGACAUUUGUUUGAGUUGGAUGGAUUUCAUCUUCUAAUGAGUUUAAAGGUUAAGCAGAAGUUGGCGGAGGAGAUCGUUACUGAGAUCUAUUUCCUCGCCACAAGACGGGAGUGAACACGUGAGCUCUUCUGAACACACGAACUCUAUUUAUGGAUCAAAAGAUGAAUGAACGCGCACGACAUUUGUUGUGGAGACUUCUGAUUUUCAUACCUGAGCACUUGUGAUCUGCUUCUCUUUUUGUUUUUAAUGAUUCCUCUACCUCAUGCUGACACCACAACACAGAUGACCUGCACGGCAAAUCUCCACAACUUCAGACUUUUACAGGAGCUGAGAAAAGCAGCCUCCCUUGUAGCUUCAGGGCAAAAAUCAGUAUCACAAUUAUCAAGAAUAUUUUUCAAAUAUGAAAAUAUUUCAUGAUAUAAACACUCACUGAAGGAUAAAUUGAAUUUGUGCUCGGCGCUACUUGGGUGUUUCAGAAGGUUUUAUCAACUGUUUUUCCUUGAUCCGCAGAGAACAAUGUGAGACUUUCAGGCUGGUGGGCAUCAUGAACUUCCAGAAACACUAAAUAUAUUUGGUCUGCAGUGGCGACUGCCUGCUAACAUUUACAUUUUAAUAUUGUUGUGAAAGAACAAUCACAGGGACCCCAGAGGAAAUUUAGAAUUUAAAAGAUGGGUUUGGAGUAAAUCGCAGUACUCACGUGUACUUUGAGAGCGUAGCUGUUUGUUUUUAAUAAUAAUAGCUUAUAUUUUUAUAGCGCCUUUCACAGGACCCUAGGAUGCUUUACACAUAACUACAGAGACAACAAACAACAAAAGGCCAGUCUGGAUUGAAUGCCUUGGUAAACAGCUGGGUUUUUAGUAGAUUUUUCAAAGUGUCCUGAGAGGUUUCAGAUCUCUAUGGGGAUGGAGUUCCCGAG